AUUACAGAGAGCGUUGCUUUUGGUGCCUUCAGUCGGUGUAUCGCUGCGCCGAUAGCAACCCUGACCGUUGUCCGUGGCAAUUCGGGCCCAAGCCUUUGGUAGCAGCACCUGCCUUCGCCACAGCUCCAGCCGACAGAUUUCCCCAGAGCCGCGCACUCCGGCACCAUGUCCCGCUGCCUGUGCCUCCUGGCCGCUGCGUCGCUCGCCCUGUACGGCGCGAGCAGCUUCGUCACCCCCGCAAGUCCGCCGGCCGCGCCCCAGGCUGCCAGUGGCGCGGCCGCAACGGUGCGGGAGGCUGUCGAGGAGGCCGCGCCAGCCUCCAGCAGCAGCGCCUCGUGGAGCCCGCUGGCCAUCGGGGCGGCCCUCGGGCUGGUGGUCGCCGUGAUGGGCGGCCGGCCGGCGCUGGCGGCGGACCUCGAGAACGGCGAGAGCGUGUUCCUGGGCAACUGCGCGGCGUGCCACGCGGGGGGGAACAACAGCGUGGUGGCGGAGAAGACCCUGAGGAAGGCGGCCAUCGAGCAGUACCUGACUGGCGGCUACAACGCGGCUGCCAUCAAGACGCAGGUGACGAACGGCAAGGGCUCCAUGCCGGCGUUCGGCGACAAGUUGGGGCCGGACGACAUCGAUGACGUUGCAGCGUACGUGCUCGACCAGUCCACCAAGUGGUGAUCAGUUCUUGCGCUUGUGCCCAUGUCGACAUUUCCCGCCCAGGCUGGAACCCAACUAGGGAGAAUCAUGCGUCGACGGCCGCAAUGAGGUGCCUGUGACUCCGCAUGGGUUGUGAGAUUUUCAAUAUUUUGAGCAAGCCGGUAAUUUGCUCGUAGGUCCUCCCUGACUUUUCAAUUCUUUAAAGUCUGCCAGCUCGUCUGUCCGAGAGGCAGGUGGGAACGAUGGGAAGUUGGUAACGAUGGCAAGUUGUUGAGAAACAUGUGUCCCCAGUCGGGGUCUCAUCCAUCGCUCCCGCAGUGCCACUGUCGACGUACACGAUUGAUGAUUCCUUCGACCGGUCCUUGCACGGGGGGCUCUUGCUCGGGUUGAAGCUGACUGGCUGGGCUGCUGCCCGGUGCCGCCGUGCGGCCGCCCUGCGGCCGCCCCCUGCACUGGCUGGGAUUUUUCCGGGCUCUGCCCCGUGCGGCCGUUGGCGCUCCUGGAGACUCGCGCAGCUUGCACCACACAGCUGGCCUCCUUUUCCGCGUCAGCGUCAGGCUCCACCCCCAUGCCGAGGCUGGGCUCACCGUGCCCCCCUCCGCGUAGGCUCAAGAUACCGGGUCAGGACGCGUCGCGUUCCGCGCCCGCCCAGCCCAGUCCUCGCCCGAGGAGGCGGAGACGGCUCCAAGACGGGAUGAAGCAGUUCUGAGACUAGUCAAAGACGGCCCCGCAGGUGUGUGUGU